AAUAUAUAUGGGACUGUUAACAGGGUGUGUGUGAGGGGUCAAACCGGUCAGACGGGUUACUUGUAUAGGCCGGAGUAAAAAUGCUGACCACUGGAGAACCUAUGCGAAGCAAACCGUCCUUUCCGAGACGAUCUGUGAUUCAAACAGGUUACAUUUGGGAGUUACAUUGUAUCUUUGUCCCAGGCUCGUGCGGCACGGAAGGACACCUGUGAUAUGACCUUCAAAGGCAACAGGAGCGGCAUGCCUCAGCAGAGACUGGGCCGUGUGACGUCAGUGUUCCUGGCCUGUGUGAUGUUGACCCUGUAUAACGUCCUGACCAUGGACGGACCUUACGUCAUCACUAUCAGACUACCACAGCUCUACCCAUGGGCUAACCUCUCCAGCUGUCCACCGCGCAUGCUCAUCAGGCAGAAUGGCAACAUUACUGCAGACCCGGACCUGCUGGACGUGGAUGAGAUCCUGCCCGGUUUCCCUAAGGAGAUAGAUGACAUCAUGUAUAACGGUACCAGACUGCAGGCUCCACCACGGGAAAUACUGUCUGUCCUGGACACCAUCGACAGGACGUGGAAGUUCCGACCUGAAGCCGCUGAGGAACUCAGAUCCGCGUUGGAGGCGAACCUGAGUACCGCCCGCAUGUACAUCGUGACUCAGAACAACACGUCUAAGGACACCGCGAUGUCCCUGGCGGCUGAGAGAGUACAGUACAGGCUGUCUGCUGCUGUCGCCGCCAGGCAACCUGCGAGCUCGCCAUUUUCCUACAAACAGUUUAAAACCUGUAACAUCGUGGGCAGCAGCGGUCUGCUCAGAGGGAGUAAGUGUGGACGGGAGAUUAACAAUGCAGAAUUCAUCAUAAGGUUCAACAUGCCGCCCAUAGCAGAUGCGUUCAAAGAAGAUAUCGGAGUCAGGACUCAUUUCGUCACAUGUAACGCACUCACCGUUCACGAAGAGUAUCAGGAUAUUCGCAGCAUGCACUGGCUCAGGAUCUUUCGCAACCACAUAAUAAAGAACAAGUACGGCAAGAGCCUGAUCUUCACCAUGCCGUUUAACGUGCGCUGGAACAUACGGAGACUCAUCUGGUUCCAGACGGCAGUUCCCAAAGCAAGAGUGCCAAACAGAGUCGUCUUCAACCACCCUCACCACAAGAUAGCUGCAGAAAAGUUCUGGACCGAUAGGGGGCUUGAUGAGAAGAGCUUCUCGUCUGGUUUUUACAUGAUCAGUUCCGCUCUGUCCUUCUGUGAGAAAAUCACAGUGUACGGCUUCUGGCCGUUCAAUCUGGACAGGAACGGCGAUCCAUUGAGCUACCACUACUGGCAGAAUGGACCAAAAGACGGCGGAGUGAACAACACAUGGCACCGCAUGGACAGGGAGUUCGUCAAAAUAGUAGAACUGUAUAAGGAAGGAGUCAUCAAACUGGUCACUUCACCAUGGAACAAUGGCGGCCCGACAGUGGCCCCCAGGACUGUGGUGUCGCCCAGUAAAGUUCAGAGGAACCUCCUGCGGGAGAAGACAGAAGACCCGGCGGUCACCACACCGGCGGCCGUCUUCCCUACAGACCCCAGGGUCUUCCCCAAAAACAACAUCCGUCAGGGCAUUGAGAAGGAGGCAAACAAUACGAAGUUUCCAGACCCUCCAAUGGAAAGCGAAGUUGUAAAAACAGUCGUCACCUACAAGAUGAGGGGAGACAAGAUAAUUCGCAUCAUCAAGAAAUAUGUGAGAAAAAAGCCGAAACCCCCGCCUGUCGUUGAUUCUAAUGGACAACUCAGUAUAGAUAAACCCGAGUUGAAAAAUAACUCAGACACAAGAACUAGUAGGUCUGUUGCAGUUGGCACAAAUGAAACUUCCAACAGUGAAAAAAGAAUAGACCCUCCGGUAGUUGAUAGUGCCAAAGGCGAUAUGCAGUCAAGGGAUGUACCUGCCGAUAUUCCCAAAGCGGCUCCUGAUCAGAGUGCACAGGAAGGAUCAAGGUUAGGAGAAAUGGAAAAUACGAAGACAGACAAAGAGCCAGGAAAAACAAAUGAGGAACUAAGACCGAAUGCCGAAGGGAACGUGCCGAAUGGGCAAAAUGCACCGAGCAACGAGGAGGGAAAUGAGAACAAAGCUGCAGAUGACCACGAAGAGGCUGAGGACCCUUGCAAACCAAAAGACGAAGACUACGAACGAGAUGUCACUACGAUCGUUACGUACGCUAAAAAAGGAACCAAGACCAUCAAAAUCAUCAAGAAAAUCAUCAGAAAACGGUUAAAACCAAAGCGGGUGUGGGAGGAAACCAACAACGGAAGCGCCAGGAACAACCUGCCGGAGUACGAGCAGUACGACCAGGAGCAGAUCCAGGAUCAGAUCGACUUUAAGAUCGACAACCGCUGUAACAACAAGAAGGGCUUCACGCAGAGGUUCGAGGAGGAGGUGGCUGAGAUUGAAGAAGAAAUGGAGGUCGGGUCUGUGAACAGGACUUCUCCUUCCAAGUCUCAUAAACGGAUGACCAAAAAAGACCUGGCGCUGAAGUACAUUCUACCGGACGUGCUGAAAUUUGUGACAGGAAAUAGAUCCAGCUGGAGGUUCGACUACAAGGCUCUGGCACAAAAGAGAUUUGACCUGGAGAGGACGUGUAACGCCAGAAAUCAUUUCUUCGUCACGCAGAAAAACAUCCCGCUCGGCUCCAACUUAAGAUAUGACGUGUCCAACACGUCGGUCAAGGUCAACAGCACGCUGUUUGAUACAUUCCCUACGGCUAUCCCGUUCGCUGACAAGAUGUUCCCGCGUUGCGCAGUGGUUGGCAGCAGCGGCAUCCUCAUGAACAGUCGGUGUGGGAACGAGAUCGACUCCUCCGAUUUCGUCAUCAGAUUCAACAUGGCGCCGGUGGGUGGCCGUUUCCGUGCCGACGUCGGGUCAAAGGUCGACAUCGUCACAGUGAACGGAGACUCCAUUAGAUCACGGUACGACAAGCUGGAGACGAACAUCAGCCGUACCAUGUUCACCACGUACGUGCGCCAGUACAACCGCAACACCCUGCUGUGGUCCGUGCCCUUCACCAGCGAGGCCCACACGGCAUACGUUCUCCGGACCUACCAGGUGCUGAAGAAGGCGGGGGCGCCCCAGGCCGUGGUGUUCGCUAACCCCGGCUACAUGGCGUGUACCAACACCUACUGGAGACAGAGGGGAUUCACCAGGGCGCCUAGGUUAUCCACGGGUAUGUUCCUGACGAGUGCGGCCCUGCAGUUCUGUGAGGAAGUCUAUCUGUACGGCUUCUGGCCCUUCCCAGUGGACACCGCGGGAAACGUGCUGCCCUACCACUAUUACUCAAAAGGACAGAGGGGGCGACUCAACAAGUGGCACAAAAUGGACGACGAAUACGUCAACCUCAUGGAACUACACAAAAAGGGAAUACUUCACUUACAAACAGAUAAAUGCAGAGACUCUCUGGCACGUCUGCCAGGACUAUUGGACCGUCUCAGCAAUGGGGAAACGGUGGUCGUGGCGGAGGGAUAUCUGUUCGAGUUUGAGCGGCGCGGCUACCUCCAGGCUGGGUCGUACGUACCGGAAGUCGUGCUAGAUAACCCGGAAAUGGUCACAGCACUGCACAGGGAGUUCGUGCACGCAGGAAGUGACGUAGUUCUUGCGUUUACGUAUUACGGACACCGUGAGAAGAUGCGUCUGAUCGGGAAGGAACACCUGCUGGAACCCAUGAACCGGACCGCCCUGAAGCUGGCCCGGGAGGUGGCAGACGAGACCGGCACACUGAUGGCGGGAAACAUCUGUAACACCAACGUGUACGACUCUGCCGACCCUGCCUCAGCAGAGAAAGUCAGAGCCAUGUUCAAGGAACAAAUUGAGUGGGCUGUAGAGGGAGGCGCAGAUUAUAUCGUGGCCGAGCGAUUCGACAACCUAGGGGAAGCCAAGCUCGCAUUGGAGUGCAUCAAGCAGUAUGGAAAAGGUUUACCAGCUGUAGUGACAAUGAUCGUUUUGCGGGACCCGGUGACCAUCGAUGGCGUUCCCGUCACAGACGCCCUGAAGCAGCUGGCGGACGGAGGCGCUGACGUCGUCGGCUUCAACUGCGGCCGUGGCCCGGCAACCAUGAUGCCUCUUCUCCAGGCGGCUAAGGGCGACAUUAAGGUUCCUCUGGCCGCCAUUCCUGUGCCGUAUCGAACAAACGAGGAGAACCCCAACUUCAUGUCCUUCAAGACCGAGACCGGAGGGAACGCCUACCCGCUGGAGCUGGAGCCGCACCUCUGCACCCGGUUCGACAUCGCAGAGUUCGGCAGAAGCGCCCGGCAUCUCGGCGUGCAGUACGUCGGGGUGUGCUGCGGGAACAGCUCGCACUACCUGCGCGCCCUGGCCGAGUCUCUGGGCCGCCGCCCUGCAGCCAGCAAGUACUCCCCCGACAUGAGCAAGCACUACGCCUUUGGGACGGACGACACGCUCAGCAAGACGUACUUGGACGCGUCCCAGAAAUUCUAGCUAAAACCCUGACCGUCGUGUAUGUGUGUCUAUGUCAGUACACUUGUGAUUCGUCUUGCUGCUAAUGUAAAAUGUCUCGUUUCUUGUUGAAUAUGUCUUGUACCCAAGAAUAUCCACUCUUAUUUGAAAUUGCAAAUAAAUCCCCUGGCCAAAUGAAA